AUGGAAAAUGCACCUUGUAUCUUGUUGUCAAAGUUGAAGUACCUGAGGGCUUUGUCGUUCGAUUGCUUUCCUCUUGAGUCAUUGCCUGAUUCAAUAGGCGAGUUGAUUCAUUUGCGUUACUUGGAUUUGUCUCGGACCGACAUCAUGACAUUGCCCGAUACACUUUGCAACUUGUACAAUUUACAGACGUUGAAGCUGGUUGGAUGUCGGAAACUAAAAGCCCUUCCUGUUGGCAUGAAAGAUCUUACAAAUUUGCAUUACCUUAAUAUUAGCGGGACUGAUUUGCGUGAGAUGCCGGAAGACAUGAGCAAAUUGACAAGUUUGCAGGUUUUAAGCAACUAUGUUGUUGGGAAGCGUGAAGGGAACAGGAUUAAUGAAUUGGGAGCACUUGCAAAUCUACACCAAACAAUUUUGAUUGACAAAUUGGAGAAUGUGGUCAAUAGCAGCGAAGCGUUGGGAGCAAGAAUGUUUGAUAAGGAUGGCCUUGAAUCUUUGUUCUUGAACUGGUCGCUAGAUGAAUAUGAGAAUACAGUUGAUUCCCUAAUUGAAAGAGAUGUACUUGAAAAGUUACGACCUCAUAGUAAUUUGAAAAAACUACAAAUUUGGGGUUACAGGGGUACAAAAUUUCCAGAUUGGUUCGGACGUUCUUCCUAUGGCGACAUCACCGAAGUAACUCUGGGAGGUUGCAGGAAUUGUUUUAUGCUUCCUUCACUUGGAGAGUUGCCCUCUUUGAAGCAUCUAAAAAUUUUUGAGUUUGAAAGGCUUGCUAUUGUGGGUGCUGAGUUUUACCGAAAUGAUGAAUCUUGUCUGGAGACUCCAUUUCCAAUGCUUGAAACUCUUAGAUUUUACUCAAUGCCUUGCUGGGAGGAAUGGUUGGAGUUGAAUGCAUUUCCUCGACUUAGGGAGCUUAUGAUAAGGGAUUGUCCCAUGUUGAGAGGAGAUUUGCCAAAUCAACUACCAUCUUUGGAAGAUCUUACUAUUCACAAUUGCGAGCAGCUCAGUUGUUGUGUUCCAAGAGCUCCUGCGAUUACCUCUUUAGGCAUAGAAGGAAGCAAUGAAGUGAGAAUUGGGGAACUACCUCUUUUGCUGGAUAAGCUUUCAAUUAAAGGAAAGCAUCAAGCGGAGUCGGUGAUGGAGGCCAUUGCGCACACCCAACUCACUUGCCUCCGAAUUUUAUCCAUCUCAGGUUGUUCAUCCCACGUAUUGUUUGCAGUGAGUAGUAUUCCCGCAUCACUACAAAAGCUGAAGAUAAAGAAUUGCAAAAAAUUAGAAUUCCAAAUGGAAGGCCUACACCACUCAUUGCAUAAACUAAGGAUACAGAACAGCUGUGAUUCGGUUACAUCCUUCUCGCUGGAUUCCUUUCCAAAUCUCGUGCGUGUUCAAAUCAGCGACUGUGAAAAGAUGGAGUCUCUCGUGGUGUCACGCUCUCUUUCAUGUCUCCGUUUUUUACUGAUAAAGAAUUGUGGGAGUUUGAAAUCCCUCAAGACGCUAUGGAUGGCAUCACCUCAGCUAGAAGAUCUCAGAUUACUUGGUUGCCCAGAGAUUGAUUUGUGUGCUAAAGGGGAUCCACAGCGUAGCUUGAGAUAUCUUACCAUCAGCUACUGCAAGAAACAACUCAGCUGUGUAGCAUCGCAGUUUCAUGGGCUUACUCAUCUUUGUAUUAAAUAUGAAUAUGAGAGUGUGAAGUCUUUCCCAAAGGAAGGUUGGUUGCCUGCCAGCCUUGAGUAUCUCAGACUGGAUAGCAUUAAAAGUGUGGAGAUGUUGGAAUGCAAGGGACUUGCCCACCUCACCUCCCUCCAACAAUUAUAUAUUUAUGAAUGUUCCAAUUUGGAGAACAUUGAUGGAGAAAAGCUGCCUGCCUCUCUGUUACGACUCACCAUAUUUGGAAGCCCUUUUCUGGGUAAACGGUGUGAGAUGAAGGACCCGCAGGUUUGGCCCAAAAUUUCCCACAUCCCCGCCAUUCAAGUUGAUUACAGAUGGAUUUGGUAA